AUUAUUGCCUUUAAAAAAAAUAAGUUUAUUAAUAAUGGGUAUUCAACCAAGAACAGCUGCAUUGAUUACUGCUGGUGUUGCAGUUACUGCCGGUAUUGGGUAUAUGCUUUAUUUUGACUAUAAGAGACGUAACGAUCCUACUCUUAAAAAGAAACUGAGAAAAGAGAAAAAGAAAGCACAGAAAGAGCUUAAAAAGGCAGAAGAACAACUCAAGUCAAGUACUCGACAAGUCAUCGAUUCUGUUAUAGAAGCUGCCGAGAAAGAAGUUUUACCAUCUACCCCCACAGAUAAAGAAAAAUAUUUCAUGGAAAAAGUUGCUCUUGGUGAAGGAUUCUGUAAUAAAGGCGAAGCCUAUUAUAAUGAAGCUGUAUUACCUUUCUAUUUGGCUUUGAAGGUUUAUCCUGCCCCCAUGGAAUUAAUCAUGAUAUAUCAAAAGACUGUUCCUGAACCUGUUUUCCAAAUGAUUAUUAAUGUGAUGGCUGUUGAUCAACAAAAACGUCAAAACUUGUUUUAUGAAAAGUUCCCUCCUGAAGAAACACAUGUUAAGUUAGGUGAGUUACCUGCUGGUAAGAAUGAGGAAGGAACACCUAUCGUUCGUCGUUCACUCGUUGCCGAUAAAGAUAUUGUUGAAGGUGAAUUGAUUUACACCGAACGUCCUCUUGUUUCAGCAUUAUAUCCUGAUUUAGAGGGAACAUAUUGUAACCUUUGUUUAAAGCCACUUACAACCGAAAAUAAGGUCAAUUGUCCUGACUGUGAUUUAGUCGCCUUCUGUAGUAAAGAGUGUUUUGACCAUGCUAAUGAAGAUUAUCACCAAUAUAUUUGUUCUCAUAAUAAAUCAUCAGCAUAUAUCAUUAAGGAGGCAGAUGAAGCAGAUGAAAAGAAUAUUGCUUUGGAAUUCUUUGAAACUUCCAAGAGCAAAAAUGUUAAAUAUCCUUACAUGAUUGCUCGUUUCUUAUCUUCUAUGGUUGCUGAAGAAUUAAGAAAGCAAAAGACAGAGGAAAAAUCAAAUGAAACAGAUUUUGGUGCAUGGGAUCACAUUGAUCGUUUUAGAUAUUUGGAAACAACUCCCAAUGAUGAUUCUAAGAAUGAAAUUUCCAUGUUGAAACAAGUACUUGGCCCUAAGGUACAAGGUAUUAAUGAGUUCUUAUCAGACGAAAUUUACUUGAUGCUUAAAGGUAAGAUGCUCUAUAAUGCUUAUGGUGUCCCUGCAAGUUCAGAAGAGACCGAUGUUCGUGAUUCUGAUGAGCAUAUCAGAAAGACAAAUUCUGAUGCUAAAUAUAUCGGUGCUGGUCUUUACAAGAUUUCUACUUAUAUCGGUCAAUCUGAAAAUGCUCCUAAUGUUAAAAUAUCUUUUGAAAAUGAUACUCUCUCUGUUACUGCCACCAAGGAUAUUAAAAAGGGUGAUGAGAUUCUUGCUUCAUACACUUUGCCUGUUCCCAAGAAGAAUUAAACUGUGUUUUUUUUUUUGAAUCCGUUUUUGUUUGAUCUUUUAUCAUUCUCCUUUCUUUUAUUUUCCUUGCUACCAUUAUUUUUUUAUUUUAUUUUUUUU